ACGCCCAUUAUCGAUUGAAUGAACGACCGUAUUUUGAUACAUCCCCAGGCUGCAGUGAGUCGAGUGGUUAUAUAUAUUGGUGUUGGUCUCGCAUACGACAAGUAGCUCUCCUGUGUUUCUAAAAUGAAGGUCUUAGUGAUUGUCGCGGUACUCGCUUUCGUGGCUGUGCAGCUCAGCCAUUCCGCUCCAACUCCUGAGGAGGAGAAGAAAGAUGCAGGAGUGGCGCCAGCAGCUGCUGCCGCCGCGGAACCGGCAUCCCAACCUGUAGCUGUGGCUAAAGCGGAAACACCUGAAGCCGCCGCCAGUCCGGUAGACCCCGCACCUCACGCCGAAGAGAAGAAGGCCUAAGGAUACUCUAACAGUCAGUUAGAGCACCCUUUGUUACUUAAUUAAGUUUAAUUGGCAGAUUUGCUUACAAUAAACGUUUAUUGAAUAUGUAGUUUAAUGUGUA